UCUCGGCGGCCGCAAAUGACGGUAUAAUAAUUUUUACUUUUCGGCAUUUAGUUUCCCAUUUGAAGUGAAUAUUUAAAUGCUUUGUGGCGGCUAAGCACAGAUACUAAGUUACCUUUCCAAACCGAAAAAUUCAUCUAUACAAAUAUAGACACACAUAGUAAUUAUACGGCCAGUAUAUUGUGGCUUGUGGCAGUAGUUAACAGUGUUCAUCAAAUUCUGGCAGUGUACUAAUUUGGCUAAAAUUUGCGACGUGUUCUGUACGAAUUUUGUGCAAAUAAGAGAACGAAACAUACAUACUACAUACAAGUGUAACGACGAAAAUGGCAACCUAUAUAAAAAUUUUCAAUGAACGUAUAUCCGGCCUCUCGAAGGGUAUUGAUGAAACGGUCGAUGGCUGGUUUUUAAUGAACUCACCUGGGCCGGUGGUUUUAAUUGUGGCACUUUACUUACUUUUUGUGCUCAAAAUCGGACCCGCUUACAUGCGUGAUCGUAAACCGUAUGAUCUAAAGAAAGCUAUGGUCGUCUACAAUGCAUUUCAAGUUUGUUUCUCAAUAUAUCUGUGCCGCGUGUCCAUCAACACGAGUAACGUUCUCGCCUCGAUACUCUCUACAAAGUGCGAAAUCGUGCGCAAUCGCGAGCAAAACUUGAUGCUCUACUCGGGCGCCUGGUAUUACUUCUUUUCGAAAAUCAUUGAUUUGCUGGAUACUACGUUCUUUGUGUUGCGUAAGAAGCAGAAUCAAGUUUCUUUCUUGCACGUUUAUCAUCACACCAUAACUGCGCUCUUCUCCUGGGGUUAUCUGAAGUAUGCGCCGGGUGAGCAAGGCGUCGUUAUUGGCAUACUCAACUCCGGCGUUCAUAUUAUUAUGUAUUUCUAUUAUAUGGUCGCUGCCAUGGGACCGCAAUACCAGAAAUAUUUGUGGUGGAAAAAGUAUAUGACCAGCAUUCAACUCAUCCAAUUUGUAUUGAUUUUGGGUUAUAUGUUGCUGGUUGCCGCUAAGGGUUGCAAUAUGCCACGUGCACUUACCCUGUUCUUUGUCGCCAAUACGAUCAUUUUCCUCUAUUUGUUUGCCAACUUCUAUAGAAAGACCUAUAAUACACGUAAAGCGGCAGCAGCUGCGGCUACGACUAAUGGCCAUGCAAAUGGUUCGGCUAAAACUUAUAGCAAUGGCUAUACUAACGGUAUUGUUAAGCGUUCCAUUGCUGGACGCGCAUUACUCUCCGCUGCCGGUGGCAUGGGCUGUCAGCCAACGCAUCAGCUGUUGGCACAAGGUGAUCAGAUGAAACGGCUGAUUGACGUGAACAAUAACCAAAUAAAACUGUCAAAGAGCGAAUAAAAGCAGGUGUGGGCCACAAAUUGGGGGAGGUGGUUAUAAAAAAAAAAAAGAAAAACUGAAGUACAAGGGUGUAGGGGCAAAUAAAUGAGCAGAGUGUAGGGUCGUGUGGUAAUACAUGCAUACGUACGAGUAUAUAUGUUGCGGCAGAGUAUAGCAGGGCCAAAAAUUAUAUUGGAAAGUUGACAAUUCAUUUUUUUCAUUUUCGAAAUCAAAUCACUUUAAAUUUUUAUUUUGAAAUCAAAAAGUUACCAGUACCUUGAAUAUUAAUAAUCUCUUUUUGCUAAAAUAUCAGAAAACAAAAUUGUUUCACUUUCAAUACCUGCGACGAUAUAUUUUUGUUUAAAAAGUUAAAAUCUUAUUUUUUUAAAAGCAUAAAAAAUACACAUAUUUCGAUAACAUUAAGUAGCAAUAAUUUUCAAUACUUAUCUUUAAUUUAAAAGCACCAUGUGAGAGUCUUUUGGGGGUAUUUGUAGCUUUUAAGUAUUACACACAAGCGUAUAUUUUUUAUUAGCACUAUAUAUGUAUUAGAAAAAGAAUUGUUUAAAAAAAUUUAAACAAAGAAAAUCGCUUUAGAAUGGGUUAGCCGCUUUUGUUUUGUGAUUUUAUUAGUGCUAUGAGUGUGUGCGUGUAAAAUUGUGUGAAUGUGUAUUAAGAAACCAGUGUGUGUUUGGUGAAAAGUUGUUAAUUAAAAGUUUGCGCAACAAAAAAGAAGACAAUUUAUUUUAUAUAUAUAUUUAAAUUUGUCAAUUUUAUUUACCGUUGCAUUUGAAAUAAUAAAAAUUUCAUUAAAUUCACUGCGAUUGCGUGUGUGCUUAUAAGUAUAUAUGUGUGUAUGGACAAGAAAGCGGCGAACCCACUUAUAUACUUAAUCUUAUAUAUGUAUAUAUUCAUAUAUACGUAUACAAGUACAACAGAAAUAAGCAAUUAAAUAAUGAUUUUCCUUAAUAAAUAAAAUUAUAUUAUUUAAUAUAUAUGUAUAUGCAUAUGUAUAUGUAGAACAUUGCUGAAUAUUUUAUGCCUAUUUGUAAUUUACCAAUAUUUGUUUUUAAUAAACAUAAAUAAAUGAAAAAUAAACGAAAAAUUUA